AUGCCUCAAGAUUAUGACAUUAUCAAUAGAGAUAGACUUUCUAUAGAUACAGAUAAUCCAAUAGAUCUUGACCUAGAAUUUCAAAAUUUUCACAUAAAUGAUAAUACCUCUAAUGUUCAAAACAAAUUUAAUACAGAUAAUAUAUAUCAAGACGUUUAUUCAAAGAAACAGCCAAUCUGGUCAAUUGAGUUUUAUUCAAAGUUCUUUAAUAUCGAUUCAGACCAAGUUAUAAAAAGAUUUACAUAUGCUUUAUUUGCUAAGAAGAAUUUCUUAGACUCUAUAGAAGGAAACUUAGAUUUUUAUGGGCCAUUUUGGAUUACUACAACUACUAUUUUUGCUUUUUUUUUUUCAUCAACUUUAAGUGAAUGGAUUAAGGCUCAUUUAUCUAGAACAACUUAUAACUAUGAUUUUUCAACUUUUACAAAAGCAUGUUCUCUUAUUUAUGGUUACAAUACAAUUAUUCCUAUAGGUGUAUGGGGUUUAUUACUAUAUUAUAAAUGCAAACUAAAGUUUAAUGAAUACUUUUGUCUUUAUGGCUACGCUAUGUCUAUAUGGAUCCCUGUAGCGAUUAUAAAUAUACCUGUCUUUGAAAUAUUUAAUCUCAAAUUUCUUUCUACUAUAAUUCGUUGGACUUUUACUAUAAUCGGGUUUAAAGUCUCUAGUUUGUUUCUUUUUAAAGAAUUCAAUCCUGCAAUGAGUCAUAUAGAGCCAAAUACUAAAAAGCUUAUUCUAUUACUUAUAUUUUUAUGUCAUGCAAUUUUAAGUAUAACUUUCAAAAUUAUUUUUUUUACAUAA